GUAAGGGUCACCGAAAACCCUUAAACCCUAAGUCCGGGAAAGCCCUAAAACCCUAAGUCCAGGAAAAGAGAGAAAUGAAUCACAUAGCUGCUGCUGAAGAGCAACUUGUUUCGGAGAGAUUGAGGCGAAAAUUGAAUGAAAUUAACUUAGCCGCUCAAGCCCAACUCUCUGGUGUUCAAGAUCAUGUCAAUUUCACUCUACAGCAAGCAUACUUCAAAUGCGCAUACGAGUGCUUCGAUAGGAAAAGAAAGCAAGAAGAAAUAAGCAACUGUGUUGAACAUUGCAGUGUUCCAGUUGUUAAUGCUCAAGCUCUGGUUGAGAAUGAGAUGGCUAAAUUUCAAGAAAGGUUGAACAGAUCAUUGAUGGUCUGCCAGGACAAGUUUGAGUCAGCCAAGCUCCAACAGAUCAGAACUGAUGCCAUGAAGGAUAUGGAGUCAUGUGUCGAUCAGUCAAUUCAAGAAAGCAUCAAGACACUGCCACAUGUUGUUGCAAGAUUGAAGACUUCCCUCUCCAUCAAUGAAUAAGCUAAAAGGGUUACUUUCAUAUUCUUUAUUGAUGGAAAACAGUGAAAGACCUUGAAUUUCUUAUCUGCAGUCUCUUAAGGCCUGAAGAAAAGAAAUUUUGGCUACCAAAUGCAAUUUGUUUUGUAACAAUAAGAAUUUGCCUAUGUUAUACUGGCGAUCAGAGGGAUUUGCAGAGAUUCUGAAUUAAAAAUUUUAAAAUAUAACAGCUAUUACUUUAAAUUCUGUGUUGAUUACUAUUCAACGAAGAGGUUAUGAGAUCAAAGUCAAUUUUUUAUUUUUAUAAAGCUUUCAAAGUCACAUAUUAAGAUUUGGCUGUUUGGCUUUCUGCUAGGGAAAAAAUUUGAAGGAUGUAUGUCAUAGAGAGUUAUUGGUGCACAACUUUCACAGUUGAGAAUCCAGUUCCUGCAUCUACUGAGUUAAUGAAUUUUGCCCAGGAACCACACUGCAGAGCUGCACGAUUCUUAGAAGUUGCUCUAAGACAAUUUCACACAAACUCCAGUUUGAAGUAGACUUCAAUGUUCAAUUAAUCUUUUUAGCACUUGGCUGUUUCAUUUGAUUAAGGCUUACCAUAGGUUUUAACCAUUGAACAUACACCUAUUUUGAGGUUUUACUAUCCUGGAUUUAUAUCUGGAACAUACACCCAUCCCAUUUGUGGGGGGCUUUUGCUCAAAUUUUCAUUUAUGCCAAUACUCCAA